AUGGAGCUGGAUCUGAACGUGGCCGAGGUGGCGCCGGAGAAGCCGGCGGUGAUGGAGGCCAGCGAUUCGGGGUCCUCCGAGUCGUCGGUGCUGAACGCGGAGGCGGCGUCCGCGGGCGGCGGCGCCGCGCCGGCGGAGGAGGGCUCCAGCUCGACGCCGGCCGUGCUCGAGUUCAGCAUCCUCAGGAGCGACAGCGACGCGGCCGGCGCGGACGAGGACGACGACGCCACGCCGUCGCCUCCUCGCCAUCACCAGCACCAGCAGCUCGUCACCCGGGAGCUCUUCCCGGCCGGCGCCGGCGCCGGCUCGCCGCUCCCGGCGCCGCAGCAUUGGGCCGAGCUCGGCUUCUUCCGCGCCGACCCGCCGCGCCCUCAGCAGCAGCCGGACAUCAGGAUCCUGCCGCACCCGCACGCCACGCCGCCCGCGCCCCAGCCGCCGGUGCAGCCGCAGCCGGCCAAGAAGAGCCGCCGCGGCCCGCGCUCCCGCAGCUCGCAGUACCGCGGCGUCACCUUCUACCGCCGCACCGGCCGCUGGGAGUCCCACAUCUGGGAUUGCGGAAAGCAGGUGUACUUAGGUGGAUUCGACACUGCUCAUGCUGCUGCAAGGGCGUACGAUCGAGCGGCGAUCAAGUUCCGCGGCGUCGACGCCGACAUAAAUUUCAAUCUCAGCGACUACGAGGACGACAUGAAGCAGCUGAAGAGCCUAUCCAAGGAGGAGUUCGUGCACGUCCUGCGGCGGCAGAGCACCGGCUUCUCGAGGGGCAGCUCCAAGUACAGAGGCGUCACCCUGCACAAGUGCGGCCGCUGGGAGGCGCGCAUGGGGCAGUUCCUCGGCAAGAAGGCUUACGAUAAGGCCGCGAUCAAAUGCAAUGUUGCUGAAGUUGAUCUUAACUUGAGCAUAUCUCAACCGGCAUCUCAGAGCCCAAAAAGAGAUAAGAACUGCCUAGGUCUGCAGCUCCACCAUGGAUCAUAUGAAGGCUCCGAAUUGAAAAAAACAAAGAUUGAUACUCCCUCUGAGCUGUCGGGCCGCCCUCAUCGGUUCCCUCUUAUGACUGAGCAUCCACCGGCCUUUCCUGCUCAAUCUCACCCCUUCUUCACAAAUCAUGAGAGUGCAUCAUCGAGAGAUCUUAACAGGAGGCCUGAGGGGGGUGUUCCCAGCUGGGCAUGGAAGGUGACAGCAGCUCCUCCUCCCACCCUGCCGUUGCCGCUGUUCUCGUCGUCGUCGUCCGCUGCAGCAUCAUCAGGAUUCUCCAAUACCGCCACGACAGCUGCCCCAUCGGCCUCCCUCCGGUUCGACGCACCACCAUCGUCGUCGUCGAGCCAUCAUCGCCGCUGA